CGCGGAGCCCGGGCCGGAGCAGCGGGCGGAGCGGACACAGGCGCCUUCCCUCGCCAGCCCCCCGCGGCGGCCGCGCCGCCCCUCCGCGCUCCGGGGGCGCCUUCGAAGUUCUUCACGGCCGAGCUGGAGAGGAGCGACAAUGCCUGAGGGCCGCCCGGCGUCCUCUCGGGGGGCUCCGGGUCUCCGGGCCGCCCAGGGGCCUGCCGCGCUCGCCCUCCGACGUCCUUCCUCCGCGCGGGGCGCCUGACGCGGCGGCUGGCAGCGCCCCAAGACCAGCCCUCGCCGCGGCCGGGCGGGAAGCGAGGUUGCCGCGGCUCGAGGGCCUUCCUCGCGCCGGCGCAGCCCAACCGCCGCAGAACCUUCUGGAAGCGGCAACCCGCCGCGACACCCGCCGCCACCCGAGCCCCGCGCCAGCGCCGCCAGCCGCCGACUUGGCGGACUGGGGGGCGGGGCGGGGGGCGGGGCCCGCGAGGGGGCGGGGCCCGCGGGGAGAGGCCGCGUCCGAUUCGCCCCCGGCGCGCAGGCUCCGCCUCGCCGGCGCCAUGACUCCGCCCCCGCCCUCCCCCUCCAUGGCGCCGCCCGGGCUCAUUCAUUCCGCGCCGGGCCUGCCAGACACCUGCGCUGUUCUCCCGCCGCCCGCCGCCGCCGCCGCCAACAUGUCGGACUCCGCUGCCGAGACCCCGUCGGCCAUCCAGAUCUGCCGGAUCAUGCGGCCAGAUGAUGCCAACGUCGCUGGCAAUGUCCACGGAGGGACCAUCCUGAAGAUGAUCGAGGAGGCGGGGGCCAUCAUCAGUACCCGGCACUGCAACAGCCAGAACGGGGAGCGCUGCGUGGCUGCCCUGGCUCGGGUGGAGCGCACCGACUUCCUGUCGCCCAUGUGCAUCGGCGAGGUGGCGCACGUCAGCGCGGAGAUCACCUACACCUCCAGGCACUCUGUGGAAGUCCAGGUCAACGUCAUGUCCGAAAACAUCCUCACGGGCACCAAAAAGCUCACCAACAAGGCCACCCUGUGGUACGUGCCCCUGUCGCUGAAGAACGUGGACAAGGUCCUGGAGGUGCCUCCUGUUGUGUAUGCCCGGCAGGAGCAGGAGGAGGAGGGCCGCAAGCGGUACGAGGCCCAGAAGCUGGAGCGCAUGGAGACCAAAUGGAGGAACGGGGCCAUCGUGCAGCCCGUCCUCAACCCAGAGCCGAACACCGUCAGCUACAGCCAGUCCAGCCUGAUCCACCUGGUGGGACCUUCCGACUGCACCCUGCAUGGCUUCGUGCACGGAGGCGUCACCAUGAAGCUCAUGGACGAGGUGGCUGGAAUCGUGGCCGCGCGACACUGCAAGACCAACAUAGUCACGGCUUCUGUGGACGCCAUCAAUUUUCACGACAAGAUCAGAAAAGGAUACGUGAUCACCAUUUCGGGGCGCAUGACCUUCACGAGCAAUAAGUCCAUGGAAAUCGAGGUCUUGGUGGACGCCGACCCCGUGGUGGACAACGUGCAGAAGCGGUACCGGGCGGCCAGUGCCUUCUUCACCUACGUGUCCCUGAGCCCGGAGGGCAGGUCGCUGCCCGUGCCCCAGCUCCUGCCCGAGUCGGAGGACGAGAAGAAGCGCUUUGAGGAAGGCAAAGGGCGGUACCUGCAGAUGAAGGCAAAGCGGCAGGGCCAGGUGGAGCAGCAGCCCUAGGCCGCCCGUCCCAGCGCCGGGGUCUGCAGCCUGCAGCAGGCAGCCAGGAGCGGCCAGUCACUCCGAAGCUCCCCCCGUGGCCAAAACCCCCAUCCCCGUUGAGAGCCAGUGGUGUGCGAAGUCUCCCGUGUUGCAAUAUUAGCCCACGCUCUACCGUGAGAUCCUGUACACCAAAGCUUAUUUAUAUCAUUCCAGUGUAAGUGCUACACGGCUUCGUCCCCGACACCGAGUCCCCACAACCCCGGGAAUGCUCCCGCACCCUGUAAGGUGUGUAAGGAACCCAGCCCCGGAAUAAAGCUGCUGUCGGGCUGGA